AUGCCGUGGCCUUUCUGCCCGUCGUGCGGGAGCGUGUUGGACCCUCCGGAGUCUGGGGACAUCUUGUGUGACCACUGCCACUUGCGGAUAUCCUAUGAAAGUUUCGGGGAGGUGGAGGUGGUCACCAGGAGUCAAAACAGAGCGGAACCAGAGUGGUUAGUGCAGAUUCAGCGAAAAGGAGAGAAGCAGGAGCUUCAGCGAGCAACGGUGGAGGAGGCGUGUCCGAAGUGCGGGCACCCCAAGAUGGAGUUCUACACCAUGCAGCUGCGGUCCGCAGACGAGGGGCAGACCGUCUUCUACGAGUGCCUGUCCAAGGCCUGCAAGCAUAAGUACGCUGUCAACAACUAGAGAUAACCUCUAGUGGUAUAAAACGGUUGAUCGGGGGACGAUGAUGUUGUUGUUGUUGUUGUUUUUGCUGUUGGCGGUGUGCUGUCGUGUAUUGUGUUUGUGUGAACUCUUGACGCUGCGCACGUCGGAGGUACCCUGUUAUUUCGCGUCAAUUAACUUUUUUUUUUUUGGCCUGUAGAUUUGUCGUCGGUGUUGUAAGUUCUGUGUGUGCGCCCGGGGAAGGGGUUUCAUUGCGGUGUCGGCUUAGAGAUGGCGGUUGGACCUUGGCUGCCAAAGCCUUGUACUUUUGCAUGUUUUG